AUGAGGCGCGCAGAGACGCUGUCCAAGCACCUGCAGGACAACGCCUUUGUCCGCGUCGAGCGCCGCGGUACGGUUGGCCUGAUCCGCAUGCUGAGCUCAGCGCCGCCCCGGUCGCAAGUCGGUGGCUGCGUCUUAUGUGCGCCGAUGCGAGCGCAGAUCCUGCGUGCCCUCAAGACGCUAGAAGCCGACGCCGACUGUCUCUUUAUUGUGCUCACCUCGACUAGCUACCGGUUCUUCUCCAGUGGCAUCGAUAUCGCCAACUUCACGGAGUGCUUUGUCUCCGACCUCACCGCGCAACCGCCUGUCCCAUCGCUGUCGGAGUUGACAGCCGCCGUGGAAAUGUGCCCAAAGGUGUGCGUAGCCGCCAUUCAGGGCCUCUGCUCAUCCUGGGGGCUCGAGCUGGCGUUGGCGGCGGACUACCGGAUUUGCGAGGUCAACGCGCAGUUCCGCUUCCCAGAGGUGCGGCUUGGCAUCACCCCCGGCGGUGGCGGCGUGCAGCGUCUUAUCUCCCAGGUUGGGGUGCCGCACGCGCUGAACAUGCUAUGCUACGGUCGUCCAGUGUAUGCGAGAGAAGCGUACCAGAUAGGUCUCAUCGACCGACCACCGUACAGCGCCCCGAACUUGUGGACGUCAUUGGCGGAGUUCAUUGAGAAGCACGUCACCGCUGCUGCACCAAUCAAGCUAGGCGGUGAUGGAGAGAAGACGUCGAGCCUGCACACACUGAAGGAUGCGCAGACGGCUAAAGCACUUGCCCUGCACCGCCGUCACACUUGCCCGGCAUACGUCCACCUCCCCUUCUUUAACCGCGGCUUGUACGCAUGGAUGAAGCACAAGCUACGCGAAUCGGUGCCGCGCGAGGUUCAGGCCCCGUACCGCGCGAUCGAGGCAGUGAAGUUAGCCGUUGCGUACAGCGACCGUCGCGGCGGAAGCGGAAGCCAUCCGAAUCCAAACCGUGUCAAUGGGAGCGUCGCUGCAGCCGCAUACGCAGCGGCGGAGCGGUCUCUUUUUGAGUCUUGUCUUCUCUUGCCUGAGGCACAGGGAAUGCAGCAUCUACUGUGUGCCUCGCAACGAACGUCGGUGUCUUGGGAGAAGAAGUCGCUCUGGCUAUCGCCCCCGGUGCCGGGGCUGUCGAUCAUGGGCGAUGUUGGUGCGGCACCGCACUUUGCGGUCAAGCCCUCAGCCUCGGUGGCCUCCGUGUACAACCCCAGCGCUGACGACGCCACGGCGCAGGUGGGGCUGAAGAUGGUGGCUGUCAUUGGCGCCGGAACCAUGGGAACGUCGAUAGCGCUCAUGCUGCUGUGGAAGUCGGAGAUCGAGGUCAUCCUGGUGGAGAUGGACGUGCAGCGGCAGGAGGUAGCUCGCCACACCAUCGAAGACUAUCUGCGCAGCCGCGUUGAGGCGCACCGGCUUUCUGCGCACCGCCGGGACGACAUGUUGCGCCGACUGCGCGUGAUGGGCAGCCUCAUCACGCCAUUCCCUCCUGUUCUUGCGGACGCAGAUCUCGUCUUUGAGUGUGCGCCGGAGGUUGCGGCGAUCAAGCAGAGCAUCUUUACCCGCCUCGACUCUGUCUGCAAGCGCUCCACGAUUCUCGCAACGAGCUCGUUGGCGCUGGAGGUGAAUGAGCUUGCAGCCAUAACGCGGCGCCCUGGACAGGUGCUCGGCAUGCACUUUUUCCCACCAGCGAACGAGUCUUUGCUUGUGGAGGUGAUUCGUGGGACGGCAACGGAGCAGUGGGUUGUCGAGCGUAUUAUGCAUCUUCUGUGCCAACUGGACAAGUACCCGAUCCUGUCUGUCAGCCGUCACGGCUCCGUUGGAACUCGUCUACUGCUCACAGCGCUCUACCAGGCUUAUGCUAUGCUGGAGGAUGGCUGCUUUCCGCUGCAGAUUGACAGGGCGCUGCGCAAGAAUUUCCACUUCACUCGCGGUCUCUUUGAGCUUGAGGAUAUCAUUGGCCUUGAUGUAAUGGGCAUGGCUCGCGCAUCCAUGUUGGCAGCGGUAGCGCGCGCAAGCGCCACGCCCCCACCACUACCCAAAAGGGUCGGUAUCGAACCGAGUGCUCCAAGUGCCGUUGAGAUCAGCAACGCGUGGUGGCUGCCGAGUCGUCCUGUCUUUGACAUCCCUGAUGCUCUCAUUGCCGCCGGCGCCCUUGGCCGCAAGACACGCACGGGGUGGUACAACUACGUGACCCCGAAGGACGCAAGCUUGGGUUAUCGCCUGCGGCACCCCAUUGCGUCUUGGCUGUCGACCAGAUCUGGAACAGACAACGUGGGCACCGGCAGUGCCGCCAAGGGUGGAGCUGCAGCAGGUAUCACCAACGCCUCGGACUGCGCGCUGUCGUUGUCAGACCCUUCGAUGACAUCAGCAAUGGCAGCUUCGAGUGUGGCGUCGCGCCACCUCUACCCGUUGGUCAGCUUGACAUCCCUUGUUCUGCAGCACAACUACUCCAUCGAGUACCGCACAAUUGACUGCAGCAAACGCCGUCGUGUGACCCGCCGGCCGUUCCACGAGGAGGAGAUAUUCGAGCGCAUUGUGUUCGCUAUGGUAAACGAGGCGGCCAAGAUCAUGGCAGACGGUGUCAUCGCCAGCUCGGCUGAUAUUGAUUGCACUUCUGUUUACGCGUUUGGCUUUCCAGCGUGGAAGGGUGGGCUAUGCUACUACGCGGAUCACGUCGCGGGGAUCGAUCACAUCGUGCAAAAGAUGCAGGUGUACCAACGCGCACUCGGUUCGGAGGAGUUUCCGGCGCCGUGCUUGGUGCUGAGGGAGAUGCAGGCAAAAGGCAAGACGUUUGCAACUAUGUUCAACUAA